AUGAUCCGUGCAGGCGUAGCUGCUGCACUCGUGCUCCUCCUCUGCCAGCUCUCGCCAUCAGCCAGCACGGCGUGUCUCCUCCCACCAAGCUUCCCGCCGCCCGAGACGAGCUCCACGGCGGUCUUCUGCGUCGACAAGAGCGGCUGCUGCAACUACACAACAGUGCAGGCAGCUGUCGACGCUGUUCCCGACAACAGCCAGAAGAGGACCAUCGUGUGGAUCAACGCCGGCAUCUACGUGGAGAAGGUGACACUGAAGAAGCCCAACGUCACGUUCCAGGUCCAAGGCAUGAAGGCCACCACGAUCGUGUGGAACGACACGGCGAACUUUGCAAAAGGCACUCGCAAUAGCGCAUCUGUCCAUAUCGAUGCACCAGGCUUCGUUGCAAAGAACAUAAGCUUCAAGAAUGCAGCACCAGCUCCGAAACCUGGAACUGAAGGUGCACAAGCGGUUGCCAUAAGGAUCAGCGGUGACAAGGCAGCUUUCAGCGGCUGCGGCUUCUUCGGCGCUCAAGACACUCUUCUUGACGAACAGCACCGACACUACUUCAAAGAGUGCUUCAUCGAAGGAAGCGUUGACUUCAUUUUCGGGGAUGGACGAUCCUUAUACGAGAACUCCACGCUCAACAGCGUCGCGGAAGAAUUGCCCCAAGGCCAGCACUCCAUCAAUGGCGCAAUCACCGCACAGGCUCGCCAAUUUCCAGAGAACAACACCGGGUUUUCCUUCAUCGGCUGCACAAUCCAAGGAACAGGCUGGAUCCUGCUCGGAAGGGCGUGGCAAGCCUACUCUCGCGUCGUCUUCGCGUAUACCUACAUGCCGGGCAUCGUGGCAUCAGCGGGAUGGGACAACUGGGGCGAUGAGAGAAGAAACAGGUUCUCGUUUUCACUCUUUUUCUAGAAAUUCUCUUUUUUCAAGUCAAUUGCAACUCCACAUUGACAGUUCUAACUUGUUUGUGCAUGAAUUCUCAUAACCGUCUUCUACGGCGAGCAUGGAUGUCUCGGAGAUGGCGCGAACGUGGCGGGCAGGGUGGCCUAUGCCCGGAGCGUCGACGACUCGCAAGUUCGCCCAUUCCUCGACGCCUCGUACAUCGACGGAGAAGAGUGGCUCAAGCCGUUCGAUGAUGCGCUGAUCGCCUGA